AUGGAGAGAAUACUUGUUGAUGCUUCAAGUGGUGGAGAUGUCUUUAGAAAAACUCCUCAACAAACAAGACAACUUUUUAACACCAUAGCCACCAAUUCUCAACACUUUGGCACCCACCAAGACAUGCAGAGGGACACGCAUCAAAAAGUCAGCGAAGCAGUGACAUCAAGCCUCGAAUCUCAACUUAAAGAUAUAACAUCCUUUGUACAAAAGCUAGCCAUGGGACAAACUCCACAAGUGAUGGUUUAUGGAAUAUGUGAAACGAUGGGACAUUCCACGGAUAUGUGUAAAUGCCAUAGGAGAAUUCUAAAACUACCACAACAAACCAUCUGGUUACAAAAAUUCCUACAAUUCAAGUGGGCAGCCAAAUCUCAAUAUGAGCUAAAACCCAAGACCAUUGCUUCAAAAUGGAUUGAGACAAGAACUAGUAUCAAUAACCUUAAAGAAAAAGUGGGAGAUAUAGUUAUAUCCUUGAGUAAGUUGGCGUCCCGUGGCAAACUACCUUCUCAAACAGAAAAGAAUCCAAAUGUCAAUGCGGUGACCUUGAGAAGUGUUCCAAAGAACAUUACCUAUCUAGUCACUCCAAUAGCCACUCAACCACCAUUUCCCUCCCGACUUGCAACUUCAAAGAAGAAUGCAAAGGAGAAAGAAAUCAUGGAAACCUUACGAAAGGUGGAGGGGAAUGAAAAGAUUUUAAUGAAUAAUAAUGCAUCUGUGGUUUUACAAAGAAAACUUUCACUUAAAUGCAAAGACCCUGGAAUGUUUACAAUUCCUUGCAAAAUAUGGGAUGUCACCUUUAGUAGUUCCAUACUUGAUCUUAGUGCUUCUAUUAAUUUCAUGCCCUAUUCGGCAUAUGAAUUGCUAAAUGUUGGUCCUUUAAAUGAAACGGGUGUCAUAAUUUCACUUGCAGAUAAAUCAAGUGUUUUUCUUAAUGGUGUUUUAGAAGAUGUUUUGUUAUAA